UUUAUGAAAUUUGUACCAAACUCUGUUUUUUGAAGCUCUUUCCAAAUAAUUUCGUAAGAUAAGAAUUAUAGCUAUAGAAAACAGAAAUCCCAACUUCUAUCUCUAUUCACAGCUCAUAAAACAUAUUCUUCGAAUCUUCCCUCACCCAAUCCAAUCUAAUUCACUGGUAAAAAAAAUAUCAUACAAAAUGUGUGUGCAAGAUGCAGACAAACUGAGUGAUGGAAUGGAAGAUAUGACUCUUCCAAUUGAUGAUGAUGAAAGCUUGAUUUCUCAUUCUGGAGCUGAUUCCAAGGAAAAUCCAUCCGCUGCCACAACCUCCUUUCCGCUGGAGAGUAUUUCCGAAGAAUCGGCUAUCUCAGACAAAACACAUGUGUCGAACAAUUUUCUGCCUGUCCUUCGGUCUGGGGUGUGGUCGGACAUCGGAGGCAGGCCGGAUAUGGAGGACACGCAUGUUUGUAUUCCCGACUUAGCUAGGAGUUUCGGUUAUGCUGCACAUGCUGAGGAAGCUAUGUCCUUCUAUGGGGUGUUUGAUGGACAUGGUGGAAAGGGUGCAGCUCAGUUUGCACGGGACCACUUGCCAAGAAUUAUUGUCGAGGAUGCUGACUUCCCAUUGGAACUCGAGAAAGUGGUUGCGAGAUCUUUCAUGGAGGCUGAUGUUGCAUUUGCCAAGUCUUGCUCUGUUGAGUCCACACUGUCGUCUGGCACGACUGCACUAACUGUGAUGAUACAUGGCAGGUCAUUGCUAGUAGCAAAUGCUGGAGAUUGUAGAGCUGUUUUAUCCCGAUGUGGAGUUGCUGUGGAGAUGUCAGAAGAUCACAGGCCUUGCUGUGCAAGCGAAAGGAGGAGGAUUGAAUCAGUAGGCGGGUACAUCGAUGAUGGUUAUCUAAACGGGCAGUUAGGAGUGACCCGAGCUUUAGGCAACUGGCAUAUCAAAGGACUGAAAGAGGUUGAAAGCGGCGGGCCUCUGAGUGCAGAACCAGAACUAAGGCUAACGACACUUACCAAGGAAGACGAAUUCUUGAUAAUUGGAAGCGAUGGAAUAUGGGACGUCUUCAUGAGCCAGAACGCGGUAGACUUUGCUAGGAGGCGGCUCCAAGAGCACAACAACGUGAAGCUGUGCUGUAAGGAUCUUGUGAAUGAAGCCAAGAAGCGAGGGGCUACUGACAAUUUGACAGUAGUGAUGGUGUGUUUUCACUCGGAACCACCACCUCCGAUUGUGGUUCAAAGGCCUAGAGUUCGAAGGUGCAUUUCUGCAGAAGGGCUUCAGAGCCUCAAAUUCCUGCUUCAAGGCUAAAUUGGGCCUGAAACAAUUUUUCCAAAAUUUAUCCAUUCUUCUCACAGGUAACAAAGUAUGGAUUAUGAUAAUAAUUUGAUGCUGUGAGCAAUUUGUAAAUAUAUGCAUAUUUAUAUCGAUACCCGAUUCUUCCUUCCACAUCGUUGUCGAGUGGUUGCAUAAUCGGGGAGUAAUCACGAGGAUAUUGUUGUAUGUUA